AUGAUGGGGAAGACGUUAUUUUUUAUGAUCGCUUUCAUUGCGGCGUCCGCGAACGCCAGCUUCGCUUGGAGUUCCGCUGGAGCAAGGGACGAUGAUAAGUUCCCAAAAUUUCCAAACUUUCCACAAUUCCCGAAGCUUAAUUUUCCACCAUUCCCAUCCUUCCCUCCAUUCCCUACUUUCCCUAACAUACCAUCAGUUGUAAUUCCAUCUAAGGAUGCCAUUAUCAACAACGACAAUCCCAACUUCAGCGGUAUCCUCGUUAGUUCAUCCAGUUCAUCCAAUAUUGGACCUGAUGGUAAAGUCCGUAAAUCCGGUGGUACCACUGUCGUCUCCAAUGACGGUGGUGUUGUUAAGGAAUAUACCAUGGAGAAACGGGAAUCUGCAAAAAAUGAAAUCAUUGGAAAGGAUUUUGAAAUAAUAAAAAUUAACAAAAGAGAAGCAGAUGAAAGGGAAGAUGUUGGAGAUGAAGUAGAUAAAGUAGAUAAAGAUGGUGAAAAUGGGGAAAGAGAAGACGUAGAAAUGGGAGAAGGUGAGACGCAUGAAGAAGAACACAAUGAAGAACGAGAAAAACGAAAAGAAGGUAAAGAAGAAAAUGAAGAAGAAAAUAAAGAGGACAUUGAAAAAGAUGAGGGAGAAAACAAUAAAGAAAAAGAAGAAGAAAAAAAUGACGAAGAUCGUAAAGAAGAAGAAGGAAACGAAAACGAAAAUGAAGAGGGUCACCAAGAUGAAAAUGAAGAAGUAGAUGAUAUUAAAGAAGGCCCUGAAGAGGAGGAAGGAGAAGAAGAAAACAAAGAGGAAGGUGAAGAAGAAAAAGGUGAAGGUGAGGAGAAAAAUGAAGAGGAAAAAGAUGAAGAGGAAGGAGAAAAAGAAGGAGGUGAGGAAGAGAAAGAGGAAAAAGAAAAGGACGAGGAAAGGGAGGAGGGAGGAGAAGAAAAGGAUGGAGAUGGAGAAGAGAAGUUCGACUUCACCAGCGACGUUGAAAACUUGAAGCCUGUUGACGGAACAAAUGUCAGCGGACAUUCUAUAAUAGUCACCAAGCAAUGGAGUGACGAUGGAACGAAUCAUUCCGAACACGGAGAAGGAAGGGAAGUUAUCAAUAACAAUGGCCAGGUUACGGUGCGUCGGUUCCAAAUAUAA